AUGCGACGCCACAGGUCUUGCAGUAAAGAAAGAAUAAUAAGUAUAUCCCCUAGUAGGAGGUCUGAGUUACCUUUUCGUAGUCUAAACAUCGGGGCGACCGACGUCGGCAGUACCAAUAGGCCGGCGAAGAUGGUUUCAGUUCCGGUUUUCACCGACAACCCAAGCCAAGAGCAAAUCGACAGAGGGGAGACUGAUCCUUUGCGUUAUAGAAGGAAAUCGUUAGCAGAGAUUGACAACAACGCCGGUAGAACUCCACAGUCCAGCAACCCAAAAAUGGUUGCGAUGGUUCCUCCAAGAACUCGAAGGUUAUCUCGUGAUCUAGACAUGAAAUACAGAAACGAUAUCUGA